CACCCCCUCCUCCCACUCUCCGCCCUCCCCGCGGCGGCUGGCGUCGAGAAAGUACAGUAAAAAGUCCAAGUGCAGCGCUCGUCGAGAUGGGAACGGGCUCUUCCAGCUACCGGCCCAAGGCCAUCUAUUUGGACAUCGAUGGACGCAUUCAGAAGGUGGUCUUCAGCAAGUAUUGCAACUCCAGCGACAUUAUGGACCUGUUCUGCAUCGCCACCGGCCUGCCUCGGAACACGACCAUCUCCCUCCUGACCACAGAUGACGCCAUGGUCUCCAUCGACCCCACCAUGCCUGCCAAUUCGGAACGGACUCCCUACAAAGUGAGACCUGUGGCCAUCAAGCAGCUCUCUGAGAAAGAAGAGUUGAUCCAGAGCGUGCUGACCCAGGUGGCAGAGCAGUUCUCAAGAGCAUUUAAAAUCAACGAACUGAAAGCCGAAGUUGCGCAUCACUUGGCAGUGCUAGAGAAGCGCGUUGAAUUGGAAGGACUGAAAGUGGUGGAGGUUGAGAAAUGCAAGAGUGACAUUAAAAAGAUGAGGGACGAGCUGGCAGCUAGAAGCAACAGGACCAGCUGUCCCUGUAAAUAUAGUUUUUUGGAUAACAGCAAGAAGUUGACAUCUCGACGCGAUGUCCCCGCUUAUCCCAAGUACCUGCUGUCCCCCGAGACCGUAGACGCCCUGCGGAAGCCCACCUUCGACGUCUGGCUCUGGGAGCCCAACGAGAUGCUGAGCUGCUUAGAGCACAUGUACCAUGACCUCGGCCUGGUCAGAGAUUUUGGCAUCAACCCCAUCACCCUCAAGCGGUGGCUGCUCUGCGUGCACGACAACUACCGUAACAACCCUUUCCACAACUUCCGUCACUGCUUCUGCGUCACCCAGAUGAUGUACAGCAUGACCUGGCUCUGCGGGCUGCAGGAGAAGUUUUCCCAGAUGGAUAUCUUGAUCUUAAUGACAGCGGCCAUCUGCCAUGACUUGGAUCAUCCAGGCUACAACAACACGUACCAGAUCAAUGCCCGCACGGAGCUGGCCAUCCGCUACAAUGACAUCUCGCCCCUGGAGAACCACCACUGUGCCGUGGCCUUCCAGAUCCUCAGCCAGCCCGAGUGCAACAUCUUCUCCAGCGUGCCAGCGGAGGGCUUCAAGCAGAUCAGACAGGGGGUGAUCACGUUAAUCCUGGCCACCGACAUGGCGAGGCACGCGGAAAUUAUGGAUUCUUUCAAAGAAAAAAUGGAGAAUUUUGACUACAGCAACGAGGAGCACAUGACCCUGCACACCUCUUCAGUGCUCUGGGGUCCCAGCACUCUCCACCCGCUGGGGUUUCUUUCGUCAUCUGUUAAACCUCUGCCUCCAGGCAAUACCGUCUGUCUACACUUUUUACAUAUUCUUGACAUCAAGAAGACACUUCUGAGCUUUGCAGUGUAUAGUUUGUAUGACAAAACGUCCGUGUGUUCAAGGGGCUUCCCUACUACUGAGGCCCCUCCAGGAAAGAUUCUGACCCUCGGGGGUGCGGGGAUGCCCCGUCUUCCCCCUGCAGCGGGAAGUAUGUCCUUGUGGGGGGCAGGGGGCAACAAUGCUGGGUUCCCCUCCGCCAGCAUCACCCGCCCUCCUUCCCUGCCGGCCAGUGAUGGUGAGUCCAGACGCACAGCGCUGUGGGAUGUGUCCCGUGUUGCACAGCUGAUUCCAGAUCUCUUCUUUCAGCUGAAGAUGAUCCUGAUUAAGUGCUGUGACAUCUCUAACGAGGUCCGUCCGAUGGAGGUGGCGGAACCCUGGGUGGAUUGUUUAUUAGAGGAGUAUUUCAUGCAGAGCGACCGCGAGAAGUCGGAGGGCCUUCCCGUGGCGCCUUUCAUGGACCGGGACAAAGUGACCAAGGCCACGGCCCAGACUGGGUUCAUCAGCUUCGUGCUGAUCCCGAUGUUUGAAACGGUGACCAAGCUCUUCCCUGCGGUGGGGGAGCUCAUGCUGCAGCCCCUGUGGGAGUCCAGAGACCGCUACGAGGAGCUGAAGCAAAUGGACGCCAUGAAGCAGCAGAAGGCUGAGAGCCUGACACCUGAGAGCACCGCGUCAAGAGAGAAAAGCAGAGAUGGGGGAAAACGUGAAGCAGAUCAUGCCUGAAGAAAGCCGUGUGCUGUGGGCUGCUCUCUGGACCCGGCCGGCUGGGCUUUGCGGAUUGGCCCUGCGGGGAGACGUGGUCCUGAGCAUCUGCCACCAUGAGAUCAUGUUUUCUAAGAACCACUUUGUUCACUGAUAACAAAAAAAAGGACUUCACGACGCUGUACAGAAUUUUUAUUUUUAAACUGUCUUUUAAAUAAUAUAUUCUUAUACAGAAACGGGUACUGUC